UAUUGUGAAUUAAUCAUUAAUUGAGUGAAAAGUUUAAAUUUCACUGGGAAGUUAUCAGUUGGCAGAAUAUAGUUUAACUCUUCAUUGCUCAUGACAGCUCACUUAGCCACUACAGCGUUGCACAAAGUCAAGAUGGAGUUAAGAUUAGACUCUUACAAAUAAAUGGUUUUGUGGGCACUUGAUAUUUUUCUUCUCACUCUUUUUUUUGGAGGAGUUGAGCACUUGACAUAAAAAAACUAUCAAAGUAUACUAAUCCUAACCUCAUCUUCCCCGAUGGACCCAUGUUCACCUAAUCUUUAGCUCUUUCUGCAUUAUUGCCUGCCCAACUAGUCUUCACCUAAUCUGCACUGGAGUACAUCGAUCUCUUCUUGGUCACCAUUGAGACUCGGUUAACAGUACUAUGGCAGAAUCAUUGCUUCUUCCUGUGGUACGAGGCGUGGCCAGCAAGGCCGCGAGCAUCCUCGUCCAGACCGUGACCCGCAUGUGUGGUGUUGACGAUGACCGCUGCAAAUUGGAGCGCCAGCUGCUGGCCGUCCAGUGCAAGCUGACCGACGCCGAGGUGAAGAGCGAAAACAACCAGUACGUCAAGAGGUGGAUGAAGGACUUCAGGACCGUCGCCUAUGAGGCUGACGACGUCCUCGACACCUUCCAGUAUGAGGCGCUGCGCUGCCAAGCCCAUACCGGCGUGUCCAGGACACACAAGGUACUCAGCCACUUCACGUCACACAGCCCGCUACUCUUCCGUCUUACUAUGAGUAGGAAGCUGAGAAACAUCCUCGAGAAGAUCAAUGAACUUGUCACAGAGAUGAACACUUUUGGCCUCCUGAACAGUGUGGAGCCGCCGCAGGUUCCUUGUCGGCAGACACACUCAGCACUGGAUGAAUAUGCGGAGAUCUUUGGAAGGGAUGAUGACAAGGAGGUGGUGGUGAAACUUUUGCUCGACCAGCAAGAUAAUCAGAAGUUGCAGGUGCUGCCAAUCUUUGGGAUGGGAGGUUUGGGCAAGACGACUCUUGCCAAGAUGGUGUACAACGACCACAGGGUCCAGCAACAUUUUCAUUUGAGCAUGUGGCACUGUGUCUCUGAAAACUUUGAAGCCAAGGUAACAUGCAACUUGCCAGACACCAUCGAGAUGUUGCGGGGGCGACUUCAGGAAGUCAUUGGGCAGAAAAGGUAUCUCCUUGUUCUUGAUGACGUAUGGAAUGAAGAGGAGAGGAAGUGGGAAGACGAUCUGAAGCCACUGCUCUGUUCUGUUGGUGGGACAGGAAGUGUUGUAGUUGUCACAUGUCGAAACCAGCAAGUGGCGUCCAUAAUGGGCACGCUAGGACCUCAUAAGCUAGCAUGUCUAAGCGAAGAUGAUUCAUGGGAACUGUUCUCGAAGAAAUCUUUUAGUAAUGGUGUAGAGGAGCGAGCAGAGUUGGUCGCCAUUGGCAAGCAUAUUGUUAAGAAAUGCAGGGGGCUUCCUCUUGCUCUGAAGACAAUGGGUGGUUUGAUGAGUUCCAAACAACUAGUGCAGGAAUGGGAGGCCAUAGAAAAAAGCAGUAUUGGGGAUAAUAUAAGAGGCAAAGAUGAGAUCCUACCCAUACUAAAAUUGAGCUACCGACACUUGACAGCCGAAAUGAAGCAAUGUUUUGCCUUCUGUGCUCUCUUUCCCAAGGACUUUGAGAUGGAAAAGGACACAUUGAUCCAGCUAUGGAUAGCAAAUGGUUUUAUUCAAGAAGAGGGCACAAUGGAUUUGACACAGAAGGGAGAAUCCAUUUUUCGUGAUCUGGUUUGGAGAUCCUUCCUCCAAGAUGUGAAGACAAAGAAACUUUAUUCCGUUGGCACAAGAUAUGAGGAAAUUGGAUGUAAAAUGCAUGAUUUAAUGCAUGACCUAGUGAAAGAUGUCACAGAUGAAUAUGCAACUAUAGAAGAGCUGAUUCAGCAAAAGGCAAUGAUAAAAGAUGUUCGUCACAUGACAACUGUAUAUGCAUGGUCUGAAGAGGAGCAUGUUAGUAGUGUGUUCAAAGACACCGUCUCUCUCCGCACUGUCUUUAAGCCUUUAAUACUACCCAAGAAUUUGAAGGAGUCAGGACUGGAAUCGUUAAGAGUCUUGUGUUGCGGGGAUCCUUCUAUUAUCCAUAAUCGGGUCAUAAAUGGAAAACAUUUGCGGUAUUUGGACCUUUCUAUGUCUGGCAUUAUUAGAAUGCCAAAUUCAAUAUGUUCGUUGUAUAACCUGCAAUCUUUGAGACUUAAUGGUUGCAGCCUUCUACAACAGUUACCAGAAGGCAUGAGUACUAUGCGGAAGCUUAUCCACCUUUAUCUUUUUGGAUGUGAUAGUUUGGAACGGAUGCCUCCAAAUAUUGGACUACUGCACAACCUUCAUACCCUAACAAAUUUUGUUGUGGAUAUUGAAGUUGGUUGUGGAAUCGAGGAGCUCAAAGAUCUGAGGCACCUUUCAAAUAGGUUAGAACUUUACAAUUUGAGAAAAGUAAAGAAUGAAAAUAAUGCUCAAGAAGCCAAUCUCCACCAGAAGCAGAAUAUAACUGAACUGUUGAUGCAUUGGGGGUGCGGGAAAUAUGACAUGCCUGAAGAUGAGGCUUGUAAUGAUGAACAAGUGUUGGAGGCUCUUAUACCUCACAGUAAGCUCCACGUUUUGGGGGUACAUGGAUAUGGUGGCCUAGAAAUAUCCCAAUGGAUGAGAGAGCCUGAGAUGUUCCGGUGCCUGAGAAAGCUUGAUAUGUCCAACUGCCCAAACUGCAAGAAUAUACCCAUAGUAUGGCUAUCAGACUCUCUUGAGUAUUUGUUGUUAUACAACAUGUGUAACCUGACCACAUUAUGUAAUAGUCUUGACAUGGAAGGUGGAGGAUACAGCACCCCUGUACGGAUUUUCCCGAAGUUGACGGAAAUGACUUUAGAUAAGUUACCCAACUUGGCGAUAUGGGUUGAGAAUAGUGUAACAGAGCCGAAUAGGUUGGUAAUGUUCCCAAUGCUCAUGGUGUUAAAAAUGAAGGAUUGCCCGAAACUUGCGAGUGUUCCUGAGAGCCCCGUCUUGAAAGAUCUGAACAUAGAAAACUGCUGCAGUCUUCCAGUGAGUUCGCUUGCACAUCUAAAAUCAUUGUGUGACCUCCAAUGUGAUGGAAAAGGUAUCAUGUGUACAAAUAUGCCUUUGGGCUCUUGGCCAUCUCUUGUCAGUUUAACUGUUCUCUCACUCGUGAACAUGAUGAUGGUCCCUCUAGAGGACCAGCAAACCCGGAGACAUGCGGAAACCCUUCGGUUUUUGAAGCUUCAUGGUCCCAACUGCUUCUUAACAACACCAGGAUUCUCAAAAUCGCAACUUGGCCUUUGGGAAUGCUUUUCUUUUGUGGAAGAAUUGUGGCUUAAUCAGUGCGAUGAUCUUGCCCGCUGGCCAACAGAGGAGCUCCAGAGCUUGCAACGCCUCCGCUCUCUGCAUAUUUGGUCUUGUGCCAACCUGGAGGGGAGGGGUUCAUCGUCUGACGAGACUUUGCCACUGUCUCAUCUGGAGAAGUUGGAUAUUCGCAAUUGUCGCACUUUAUUAGAGAUUCCCAAGUUGCCUGCAUCCCUGGAGGAAUUGCAGAUUACCCAGUGCAAGAACCUGGUGGCGCUGCCUUCAAACCUUGGAGAUCUAGCCAAGCUGAGGGUUCUCUAUGUGGAUCGCUGUUGUGGCCUUACAGAAUUACCUGGUGUGAUGAAUGGCUUCACUUCCCUCGAGCGAUUGCAAAUUCAUGGGGUGGAGGAAUUCCAGCAGGUUCCCGUUCAGUGGCUCCCAGCCAUCAAAUCCUUCAUAAUAAUGGGCUGCCCAGAGUUGCAAAGACGCUGCAGAGAAGGCGGGGAGUAUUUCCACUUGGUCUCCUCUAUCCCGGGUAAAUGCAUUCCAUCACCAGAACCCCAGCACGAAGAAACCGAAUCGAGCAUGAAGAAGUUUCUGAAGAGGCUCCUCCCUUCGUGUGCUGAUGGCUCACUCUAACUUAACUCUGAUUCAGCCACUCAGCAUGUUCUUCUGCAUGUUCGAGUUAGGAUCCUAGAUGAAAAAUCCAUCUUCACCUUUGCUGACUUUGAGAUUUUUGGGCUGGGUCACAUGGACUCCAUUUGUCACAUUUGUUCUCCGGAGUUCACAUUUGGGCCAUUCCCAACACGUUGACCUUAUCUCAUCGGUCACUGUAAUUAGCAGAGAUGCAACUCAUGGAGGUCUUAUUAGUAGCUACUCGAACUGUUAGCUGGUGAUUCAGUGGAGAUAUUAAGCAUCUACCGUUCUGGUAGUCGGCUUGCGGCGUCCCAUGAGGAAUUGGCGAUUUCAGAUUGCAAAAAGGUUUUGUGGCAUGGCUUUCAAACCUGAGAAAACUGGGCAAGCUAAGGACGCUCUGACAGCGCCGCAUGAUGGACUGAAUGGCCUCACUUCUCUUCAGCAAUAGGCAAACUUCCAGUCAGUCCUGUGUUUAUAUGCCAUCUACUACUACUACCUGUGCAGCUGCAUUAUGUCGCCAUCAGUCCGUGCUUAUUCAUUCGCUACAUCCAGGGACCCCCUGUUCCGUUUCAGACAUUUCAUCUGUCUUUGUGCUCCCACCACCAGGGCAUUUGUGGGUGCAUUUAGGGACUUUUUAGUUUUCUUUUCCUCCGCCUAGGCAUAGCUUCGGUCUUGUAUGACUGCUAUUUGCCUGCGUGAUUCUUUAUGUGUGUGAGUUGGUGUUGGUUGUGUGCAUCCUAGUUAUGCAGGGGCCGGGUGUGUGGUCAUUGUGUUUGUAUCCCUUGAGGCCUUGAUGCUUCAUUUCACCCUUUGUCAAAAAAAUGACCCCUUGCUGUCAUUGUCUUUGAUCUGCAGCAAGCCAAUAGUGAUAGAAUGGAGAAUCCUAAAACUUUUGUGUAUUUUGCU